UCCCCUCCCCCCGUGCCGGUGCCGUGAGGUGUCUCCGCCGUUGGCCCCCGCCAUGGACUCCGACUCCUGCGCCUCCCCGCCGCCCCCGCAGGAUUUCGCCCCCGGCUCCCGGAGAUGCCGCACCGUGGAGGACUUCAACAAGUUCUGCACCUUCGUCCUGGCCUACGCGGGAUACAUCCCCUACCCCCAGGAGGACUCUGUGCGCAGCAGCCCCAGCCCCCCCAACAGCACCGGCGGCACCAUCGACAGCGACAGCGGGGAGCCCCACUAUGGGGACUCCCCCUCCUCCACCGCCUCCCUGCCGGGGAAGUCACGGAAGAGCUUCAGCCACCAGCUUACGCGAAGCAAAUCGUACUCCGCCCUGUACCAGUGGGACGAACCGGGUGGUGGCUUCUUAGUGGAGAGGAAGAAGCCAGAGAAGAUGAGGAGGAAGAGGAAGCUUGGGAGGGUGCAGGCAGCACUGGAGGUGGGGGAAGAGUACCGGGCAAAACUGCUGCGAGAGGAAGGGGAGGAGGAGCCCUACGCGGCCAGGAUGCCCACCAGCCCCUCCUCGGAAGGUGAAGCUCAGUCCUCCCUGGACCGCUGUUCAGCGUGGGACUCGGAUACCCCCUCCAACGCCUCCUCUUACCCUCCAGUGGCCCUCAAGGAGGAACAGGGGCUGAUCCAGACCGUGGGCAAGCGCACCAUCAUACGGCAGGGAAAGCAGGUGGUGUUCCGGGACGAGGAUGGCAGCGGGGACGAUGAAGACAUCAUGGUGGAUUCAGAUGACGAUUCCUGGGACCUCGUGACCUGUUUCUGUAUGAAGCCCUUUGCCGGACGGCCCAUGAUCGAAUGCAAUGAGUGCCACACCUGGAUCCACCUCAGCUGCGCCAAAAUCCGCAAGUCCAAUGUCCCCGAGGUCUACAUCUGCCAGAAGUGCCGGGACUCCAAGUUCGACAUCCGCCGCUCCAACCGUUCCCGGAUGGGCUCCCGCCGACACUUUCUGGACUAGCAGGCGGACUCUUCACUGAGAUGCAAAUGGACUCGCCCCACAUAACGCAAGACUUCAGUGAGUGGGGAAAGGAGCAACUACGCAAGCAAACGGGGGCUUAGUGGGCAUAGUGCUACCGUGAUGCCCCUUGAAUGCCUGAACCACUGCUGGAAGCGGGACUGAUCCAGUGCCCGAAUCAGGUGGGAAAGAUGGGGGGAACGAUAGCAAAGGGGUGGCUCCUCUGUUGUGCAUGUCUCUCCCUCUCUGCUUCUUACCUCCUCUUAUCUCAACAUGAAAACAUACCAGCGGGUGCUGAGUGGGUUGGGCACUGGGGAACUGGAGGAGGCCACAGCCGCCGGUUUCUGUCACAUAGAAACAUCAGGUCUGUCUCCCUUGGUUUGUGUCUUAAAGGAUGUGGUGGGGAGAGUGUAACCUGCCCCAUUUGGUGGUUUGCUGAUAGCAGGGGAUGCUAGUCCUCUCCUGAAAUGGGCAGUUCUAAAAGCAACGGUUGCAAGCUGAGCAUUUGAUAGAGGAAGCCAUCUGUAGAUGAGGGUGGAAAUGAAGGUUUACAGCCCUGGCUGGCUUUUCUCCUAUAUGUGCUUUGCUUCCGAAGCGAACUCUAAAGAUUCUGGGUCAAACAUGGCUUCAGGUUUGCCUCCCUCUUUGGUAGGCUGUCCCUUCUUGCCAGGUGUUCCGAGAGUGGGAUAAGCGCACAUUUUUUUGGAUACCGAAUAAUGUGGGAGGAUACCGAAAAAUGUGGGAGGGGGCAACAGCUGGCUGCUGGGCAGGUGUCUGUGGGAAGGGUCAAGUGAGCCACUUUUGAGGUCAGAGGAGUAUGGAAGCCAAGGUGUCUAACCACGGGUUCCGUGGAUUCUGGCCUAGGAGCUGGAAUAGGGAACUGAUGUUGAGGAUGUCGCAUUUCCUUCACGGUAGGGAAAGAGAGGAGAAUUCUGUGCAUUGAACAGAUUGAAUCCCAGUUCAUGAGAGAGUGUCGCUUUAAGAAGACUGUCACAUCAGCGAGGCAAGAGGAGAGCUUUUACGGUGGAAUCAAAUAGUGGGACUGCUCCAUAGAGCGUGCCCAGGUGCGCUGUUCUCCUUGCUUUGGGUUGAGCAUCAACAGCCAGCCUUGCAGGUAUUUCCUGCAGACACUUCAUGCGAGACAGCACGAGAAAUCUCAGGCUCUAUGGUGCCACAGACUCGAGCGGAGGAGCACUAAAUGACGUGACAGGGAUUUCCCUCCACCUCUACUUCAUCACUUACCAAUAGGAUAGGUAGAACCACUUUGGUCAUAUUCCUCUGCCAAGAUCUUGAGACUCUGUCCAGGUAGAAAAACUUGUCAAGGAGAUCUUGACUUACCAAGACAGAAAACUGGAUCCGAUUUGCUCUCUCAGGUGAAACCGUUUGGCAAAGGUGGUUUUUCCCUGCAGCGAAAGCCCCUGGGACACUUACCCAUUGAAAAGAAACCACAUUGGCAGCCUGGGCCUCCGUCUCAGGUUUGUACUUCUGCAGAAUCACUGUGGAAUUCUUUCCCGUCUCUUGCAGGGGAGGAACAAGAGAUUUUGGGGUUGACUUUAGGGUUUCUGCUCUGUGAUCUAAUUUCAGUUGUCAUUCUGUUGUCUGUUUCAUUGCACUGGGUGGUGUCUGAUAACCCCAAAGGAUUUGAUUUUAAAAGAAGAUGAAACACUUUCAUGUCUGAGUACAUCCAUGUAUGAUUUCAGUUUGGGAGCUUUAAUUUUUUUUUUAAAUUAAAAUUAUGUUUUAUCAGA